AUGGCUGAUAAUGAACAAAACGAUGCGACGGGCAUUCGUCCAGGCCUCGGAAGGACUCUAACACACGACAGUGCCAAUCCUGAAUGGAUCAGGUUUGCCCAGACUCUACAACAUAAAACGCGCUUGGAAAUCGAGGAGAAGAACAAUAGCAGAAGUGGAGGUGUUCUCCCUGAAUUCGCCAAAGGUCUCUUCACGGGUAUUAUCUUUCUCUCGACAUUCGGCGGAUCCAUCACGUUCCAAACCAUCAUUCAAGACCUCGGAGACCAAGAGGACUCCAACCCCGGCCAUCGCUUCAGCCGUAAGCGAGCAAGAACCUUCCUGGCCAUCAGUUGGCUGCUGUUCGUCAUUGACCUUGGCGUAUCUGCACUUCUCAUGGCCAUGCUUUAUCUCUACCGCGGCCCCAAGCAGAGCAGCUGGGCCGAUACCAUCUACGUCCGAGUGCUGUCGUUCAUCUUCCUGCCUGGUGUUCUCAUCGGAGCGCUGCUGUUCUCGUCACUGGCUGUCACCGCCUACUCGGAGCCUACUGGAUGGACGGCCGUUGGCUUUUGUGGAGCCUUUGGCCUUGCAGUCCUCGUUUGGUGGUUUGUCGAGAUCGUGUAA